AUGGAGCAUAGGGAAAUGCCCCGUUGCGCCCUCAUCACCGGUUGCAGCGCCGGAGGCAUUGGCUCGGCCCUGGUGGAGGAACUCCACAGUCAAGGGCUGAAAGUCUACACGUCAGCUCGCUCUCUAGCUAAGAUGAACUAUUUUGCCAAACUUCCCAAUGUCAUUCUCGUUACCCUCGACGUCGUUGACCCGGUUAGCAUUGUCGCUGGCGUCGAUACCGCCAAGCGUCUUUUCGAUGUGAAUUUCUGGGGUGUCGUGGCCGUCACUCAGGCUUUCAUGCCGUUGCUUCAGGCUGCCAAGAAUGACAGUACCCUCGUGAACGUCGGCUCCAUCUCGGGCUUCUUGUAUGCCCCCUGGAUGAGUGUCUACAAUGCCUCAAAGGCCGCUCUGAUGCCGUGGAGUGAGACUCUCCGGUUGGAACUGCAGCCCUUCAAUAUCCGAGUGAUUUCCCUGGUCACCGGCUCCGUCGCCACAAAUAAGGCGCUCCCGGAGAUUGAAGCACGCGGCGUCAGGAAGGAUAUAUCGAGUAAGAGCGCACCGGCAGACUUUGCUCGCGAGGUUGUUAAGGAUGUCUUGGGCGGAGCAUCGGGACCUGUGUGGCGUGGUGCAAUGGCUUCCAUGGUGAAGUUUGUGUCCAAGUACAUGCCGACAACUGUUUUAGUGAGUGCCCCUGGGUUGUUUCGUUUUCCAUUGCUCUUUGACAUGAAUUGA